CUAUACUAUUGUGAUAAUGCAAAUUUUAAAUAAAUUUUGUGCUAUGUAGUUUCUCUUGGAGCACGAGAGAUAUUUAAACUUCUUCCUCACAGUUUUGUGGAUCCGAACAAGCUUCCAGAGCUAUUUAAAAUGGUUAAUUUCAGGGGUAAGGAUGUAUCUCAACCAGCAAGGGCAUCAAAUAGGGUGUUUCAAGUUUAUAGAUGUGUUGUCACUUGCCAAGACAUGGUUCAAAACAAGGAUUCAACAAAGUCAUUUGAUAAAGCUGACUACUAUGCACAUUUGGAACGCUACAACCCUAUUUUUCAUGAAAGAAUCGCCCUGUAUGUGUCUGUAAUUGGUACGCCCUUGAUUUCCACCUUCAAUCCUGAUUAGGCUCUAGCACAUUUCAUGUUCAUGUUGAUUGCUUUUGCUGUUAAUCUUGGAAGGUUGGUUUUAGUAUCCAUAUAUCAUCUAUAUUGAUAUAUGUUUGGUUUGGGAUGUUUAUUUUGUUCUUAAAGUCAAAUUGUAUGUUUUCUUGGGCAGUGAAUUGCAUGUACUGGGAGUAAAGAUAUCCUCGAUUGUUAAGUAAUGAAC